AUGUUUGAAUUUGCACAUGAUAAUUUUGUUCAUGACUUUGAAUAUAAUUUAAUUAAAUCUUAUGAUACUAUUGAGAAGGUUAAAAAAAAAGAGGGUAAUAUAUAUGUGCACACAAAAACAAACAAAGAACAAUUCUGUGAAAAAGAAAAAAAUAUUUUAAAAAAAAAAGUUUAUUUGUUAGGCUUAAAUUAUAAUGAGUAUAUUUAUGUGCGAGGUAAUUUUCGCUUUAGAUUAAUAAAAGGAUUAAUUAAAUUUAAUGGAGAAAUUUUAAAACCUUCAAAAGAGUAUGUAAAUGUGCGUAUACCAGUCUUUUAUCCUUUGUUUAAAUUAAUAGCUUUAAAUAUAAAUAACAUUAAAUAUGAAAAAAAAAAUUUUUUAUUUCAUAACAGCUUUUUAAAAAAUUGUAAUGACAAAAAAAGCUUCACUUGUAAUGAAAAUACGCCAUGUAAUACAAAAAAUGAGGAAUUGAAAUUAAAUAAUUUAGCAUAUUUAAAAAAGAAUGAUGAUAUAAAUAUAUUAAAGAAAAAUAAAGAUAAUGUCGAUAAUAGCAAUUUUAAUAUUUCCAAUGAAGAAAAUGAAUUCGUUUGUGAGUAUGCUGAUACUAUUAUAAAAAACUAUUUGUUUGGUUUAAACUUGCUACCUGAUGAAAAUGUGAAAAAAAAAAAUUUUUAUGAAUACUUAAUGUUCUCUAAUAAAGAGGAUAUUAGUUUAUUUUCAAGUUAUGAUAUGAUUGAGAGUAUAAAAUCAAAUGUAUGUUUUGAAAAAUACCCUAUAAUUAUUUCAUUUCAAAGAAAAAAGGAUUUUUUGUAUUAUUUAUAUAAUAAUAACACUAAUAAAAAAUUAAAUAUAUCAAAUUAUAAGGAAAAUUAUAGUUUUUAUAUUAAUACUUAUCAAUUUUCUUAUGUAUUAAAAGAAUUUUUGUUAUAUAUGUUCAACAAUAAGAGAUAUGAUUUAAAUAAUGUUAUAAAACAAGUAGAAAAUAUAAAUAAUAAUUAUAUCAGUUAUGAUGAUGAUGAUAAUAAUAAUAAUAAUAAUAAUAAUAAUAAUAAUAAUAAUAAUAAUAAUAAUAAUAAUAAUAAUAAUAAUGAAUAUACAGAAAAUGACUUAAUGAAAGAUGAUUCAAAAAAUAAUAAAUAUGGAGAAAAGAAAUUUAGUGAUAACUUCACAAAAGAAGAAUCAAUUUUAAAUAAAGUGAAAUGUUGGGAAUAUUUUAAAAAAAAUAUAAAUAGUAUAAAUAAUAUAAAUAAUAUAAAUAAAAUAAAUGUUUCUGAAAAUAAUUACGAUCAUGAUAGAAAUUGUUCUUCUCCCCCUAAUAUAUUUAGUAUUAUUGUAAUGGGAGAUAAAAAUAAAGGAAAAAGUUUUUUAGUUAUAAAUUUUAUAAAUGAUUUAUUGAAUUAUUAUAAAAGUGUUAUAUUAUUAGAUGUUGAUAUAGGGCAACCGAUAAUAGGUACAUCUGGUUUUUUAUCUAUAUAUAAAAUUAAAUAUUCAUUAAAUAACUACAAUUUUUUUGAAAAGAAAAAUAAGUGCAUUAAAAAAAUAUUUUAUGGUUGUUGUUCAAUUAAUUACAAUAUAAAUUUUUAUAUUAAAUGUUUGGAAUAUAUAUAUAAUUAUUUAUUCUUUGAAUAUUUAAAUAAAAAGAAAAAAAAAAAAAAUGUGUGUAAUUAUCCAUUAAUUAUUAAUACCUUUGGAUGGAUAAAAAAUAUUGGAUUAUUUUUGUUAUACUUGAAUAUUUAUUUAAGUAAAUGUGAUUUUAUUAUUCAAAUUGAUUCUCUAAAAAUAAAUAAAAAUUUAAAAAAUAAAAUAAAAAAUGAAGAUUAUUAUUCAUAUAUGUUUAAUGAUUUUUUGUUGAUUAAUCAGAAUGAAAAAAAUCAUAUAAUUUUAAAUUUAAAUAAUAAAGAUAUAUCUGUUAUUUCUAAAAGAUAUUCUAUAUUUAAUAUUAUACGUAAAUACAAUAGCUUAAAUGAGAAUAAUUUUUUUUUUUUUAAUUUUUCUAUGUGUUUUCAAAAUGAUGAAGAAAAGAAAGAAAUAAGAAAUGAAUACUGUUCGAAUUAUAACUCGGGGAGUCUUUUAAGAUAUGGUGAUAAAGUAAGUUUAGAUGAAUUCAAAAACACAGAUAAUCAUAGAACAUCAUUAAACAAUUCUAAUUAUAAUAUUUGUAAUAGUAAUUAUAACAGCAGUAGUAUUUAUCAUGGAGGUAAUAAUAACAAAAGGUAUAAUAAUAGCUGUAUCAAUAUAGACAAUUCAUACCAUUUAAACAAUUAUAUACAUAAGGUGAAACAAUUAAAAUAUAAUGUAAAUGUUUUAUAUUCUAGUUCUAAUAGCAAUGACAAGCAUAAUAAUAAAUGUCUAAUUCAAAAAACUAACUAUUUUGAAAUAAACAGAAAAAAUUAUGAAAAUGUAAAUAAUUGUACUUUACAAAAUAAUAAAAAUGAUUUAAUUCAAGAAAUUGAAGACGAAAUAAAGGAUUAUGAAAAGUAUGAACAUUUUAAAGAAGUAAUGGAAUAUUUUUUUCAAAAGAAGUACAUAAGAGUAAUAAAUUUUAUAAGUUACAAAAAAAUUUUAUCUUAUAAAAAUAUGGAAGGAAAUUAUUAUAGAAACAAAAAUUUUUCUGUACUACCCAAAAAUUUAAGAUCUUAUAGAUUUUUAUGUUAUUUUUUUUAUAAAUUUAAAAAAUUAAUUUUUUAUAUUCAUAGUUAUUCACUAUAUGAUAGAUUAAUUGAUUUUUUUGUCAAACAUAAAAAUUCUGUGAGUUACAUUAACAAUUACAAUAAUAAAAAAAAUGUUUUUAAUAAUAGCGAGAUAAAAGAAAAAAGUAUCAUAAAUAAUAUGAAAGAGAUAUAUUUGAAUGAAAAUAAAAAAGAAGAGACAGUUAACAUGGAAGAUGUAACUAAGUACAAUAAUAUUCAUAAAGAUAAAGAAUUAGAUAUUUGUAAUAUCAAUUUAUAUGGAAGAGAUGAAGCCAACGAUAGUUCAAAUGCAAGUUAUAAUUUACUCACAGAAAGCGUGCAGAAAGAUGAAAACAAUGAAGAAAUAAAAAAAAAAGUAAUGAAUAAGAGAACAGAUAAAAUUUAUAAAAUCCCAUCUAAUAUACCUUUAUUUACAUGCGCUAUAUACUAUUUAAGAAAUAUCAAAUUAAGUAAUAUACUAUUUAAUGAUGAUAAUUCGGAAAUUUUUAAUAACGAUGUAUUUUCUGCAUAUAAAUAUUUCUUUAACAAUAUUAUAUGCUUAUGUAAUGAUAGCUCAGAAGAAAUGGUGGAUUUUUCAGGGAUUAGUGAAAGUAAUAAAGUUUCGUAUUAUAUUGAUUAUUUAGAAAUUGGUAAGGAAUUUGAAAAUUUAAAUUAUAAUAUUGAAAUGAAAAAUUUAAAAAAAAAUAAUGUUCAAUUAGUUCCCUUAAGUGAAAAAUUUACACAUAUAUUAACAGCAUAUGUAAAAGUUAUUGAUAGUAUGAGACUUAUAAUAUAUUUACCAUAUUGGUUUGAUGAAUUUCAUUUACUUAAUAAUGUAAAUACUUUUGUAUCAGGAAAUUCUCUAGUCCCAUAUAACAUAAAUGAUAUGAUAGAAAAUUAUUCUUUUUAUUUAGAUAUAGUUAAUUGUAAUAACUCAGAAUCAAUUAAAUCAUUAAAAAAGAAUAGAACUUCAGAAAAUUCGUGUUUAAAUUUAUCCAUAUAA